AAAGCGACACUCUUUUUCUACGGCGAGAUAUAAAUUUGGUUUCUUAUCUUAUUUAUCGUUCACUUUAUUUUUUGCCCCCUCCCUCCACUGUUUAUGAAUUGAAUAAUUUCAAAAUACUAUUUUAUGGAACUGUGUUUUUUUUCCCCCUUCACGUUAGAAUUCACAUGAUGUGUGUACAAGAGUAGAGGUAGAAUUGUUUAACGAUUUGAAAUGGCCUGUAAAAAAAAACAAAAUAGGUUCUUUUCCAAUAACAUUGUUUAUUGUAGGCAUUGACCGACAUUGAAAGCACCCAACGUUGUUGCCGGUUGCCCCGGUAACCACAUUCUUCUUUUUUUAGUGUCUUGACACCGCCUCCCCCCCCCCUGUCCACAGUUUUCAAAGUCGACACCACUCCAUCCAUCUGCGGCUGCAGUGUCUCGUUUUUAUAGAAGGAGAAGAGAAUGAGUGAUGGUGAGACAGAUAUUCGGCUUCUUGCACUCAGAAGAAAACAAGAGAGAAGACAGAGCAGGGUAUCUUCCGGUCACUCGGCCUAUGAAGCGACUCCCAUAAAAGAAUACAAUCGGACAGAUUCAUCGAGAUCAAAUUCACGACGGAAUUCAUAUGUCGAAGUGACGCCUCGUCUAUUGGAAGAGGAGAUUCACAUUGGGAGGAUGCAUGUACCACCAGUCAUCACAUGCGAAUGCAAUGGAAGUGAAGCAUUUGCCCAUAUAAGUUCAUCGGAGCCUGUCUCAACUAUGUCAGCAAACUUCCUCAGAAAGCUAAGGCUACAAGACCAGGUUGUACCUGACACGGGUCACGUGUUCGACUCCUUUUCCUUGCAGCAGCAGAAAGAGUUGAAAGGAAAAGUAAAGUACAUCGAUCUCAGCAUUGGAUCGACAUGGCAACAGGUAGCACAGUUCAACAUAGUGGAAAAUCACAUAACUGAUAUUACUUUGGGAAUAGACUUCUUGCGAAAAACACAGAGUGUUCUGAACUUUGAGGAUUCUUCUAUCGUUGUUGGUGGAAUAAGAGGAGAGAGAAUUCCAUUCCUGAAUUCCAGAGAGGUCAUGUUUCUGGCGAGAAGAAAUGCCAAUAAAGCAAACAACCUCUUUAAUGGGAAUAGAAACAGAGAACUCCUCUGAAGACCUUCUUGGAUGAAGCAACACAAGUAGGGUGUCACAUUGAGGAAGAAA